CCCGCACGGCCGCACCCCGCGACACAGCCCCCACCCCAUCCGCGAGCCGGAGGCCGCGGCCCAGCCGAAAAGCCGCCGCCGCGCGUUGGCGGAGCACGCCACUUCCGCCAGCCGCCGCCGGUGCGCGCGGCCGGGAACUCGGGACCCGGGAGGAGAAUUGCGACUUUGCGAGAGCCCCCAGCUGCUCUGCUCCCGAGCGAAGCCGAGGGCCGAGGGAGGAGGCCGGCCGCGGCACCACGCGCACGCGGCCUUCGCCGCGACCCCCUCCCCGUUAUCCCCUCCCCUACCAUGCGCGAGGCCCUCCCGUCGGACCCCGAGCUCCCGUGCCUCCCGACCCGAGAUGGCGAGCCGCGACAAGGUCGGGUGCUCCCCGGCCGCGCUGCCCCUCGACCGCGUCCUGGCCGAGCUGGCCGCCAACGCCGAGCAGCUCGGGAGGCGGUGGGAGGCUGCGCUCCGCGGCCGGUGCGGGAAGCGGGACGGGUCGGCGGUCGGGAGAGCGCAGGCCAUAGAGAUGCACACGCCGCUGUUCUACGUCACCUGCGCACUCGGCGGGACCCUCAGCACCGGCCUCACCCACCUCGCCGUCACGCCGCUCGACCUCGUCAAGUGCAACAUGCAGGUGGAUCCUAGCAAGUACAGGGACAUUCCGUCUGCCUUUGGUGUCAUGCUCCAAGAGCAAGGCCUCGGUGGGUUCUUCAAGGGCUGGAUGGCCACGCUGGUUGGGUACAGCUGCCAGGGGGCCUGCAAGUUUGGGUUCUACGAGUUCUUCAAGAAGUGCUACUCCAACAUUGCUGGUCCCGAGAAUGCUGAACGGCUCAAGACAUUGAUCUACCUUGCAGCUUCAGCGUCUGCUGAGGUGAUUGCAGAUGUAGCUCUCUGCCCCAUGGAGGCUGUCAAGAUUCGAGUCCAGACGCAGCCGGGAUUUGCUCGGUGCCUGAUCGAUGGGCUUCCCAAGAUUGUCCAAUCUGAAGGUGCCUUUGGGCUUUACAAAGGACUGCUUCCUCUUUGGGGCCGUCAAGUUCCUUACACUAUGAUGAAAUUUACUUGCUUUGAAACCAUUGUCGAGAUGGUCUACAAGCAUGCGGUGCCAAAGCCGAAGGAUCAAUGCAGUAAGCCACUCCAGCUAGCAGUAAGCUUUGCAGGGGGGUAUAUUGCUGGAGUCUUCUGUGCUGCUAUAUCUCAUCCUGCAGAUAACCUGGUGUCUUUCCUCAACAAUGCAAAAGGAGCCACAGUGGCAGAUGCUGUAAGAACUCUUGGAAUGUGGGGCCUUUUCACGCGCGGCCUUCCUCUUCGUAUUAUUAUGGUCGGUGCUCUCACAGGAGCACAAUGGGCAACAUAUGACGCGUUUAAAGUCUUUGUUGGAUUGCCAACAUCUGGUGGAGGGAGUUCUAGUUGUGCUGCUGCCUUCCCUUUGCACCAAGUGGGUCAUGAAAAGCACAACUGACUGCUUUGAGAAGAUAUUGCGCUGAGGUAUCUGGUACCGAAGACUGAAGUAGAUGAGUUGUGUGAUUUCGCUCAGAUUUUCACUAGAGUUUGAAGAUCAGAACUAAGUUUUAGAUGGUAGAGCAUUCUCUUUCAAGGAACUUUUCUUCCAAACCUCUUGACUGACAUAACACUGUAGUGAUCAUACAUCCUUUAGAAAUGCAUUUGGCCAAUUGCCAAGCUGAUCUGAUAUUUCCCGGCCUGGUGCCCAGUCUUGAUUAAUCAGGGUAAGAACACCUGCUUGUGCACUUGCUACUCGUCAUUAUGGUUAUGCAGGAAGUUAAGCCUGCUGCUUAUUUUGGAGGGGAAGUGGGGGCAUUCAAUCCAGUCUGAAAAUUUCCUUGUACCUUAAGUCUCUGUUGUUUAUUUUGGAGGGGAAGGUGGAGGAAUUCAAUCCAAUUGGAAAAAUCCUAUGCACGGUGUACCU